AGUAUCAUCAUGGCUGUGUUCCCGAGCCAGCGGUAAAGGGCAGCGUGCCAGCGGAUCAGCUAAACCCCAGGGACGAUGAGCACCGUCGCAGCUGAGAGCCAGCUGGGGCCAGGACCCAGAGGAGCCGCCGAGGCACGGUGCUGCGGCUGAGGCCGGUGUGCCGAGCCGUGCCGGACUCCCGUGCCGCUGCAGCUGGCAGCAGAUGCUCUCUACCCGGCACGUGGAGCCGCCAGGGGCCCUCGCCACGGCCGGACCACGCGGAUGGAAAGCUGCAGCCCAGCAGGGAGCCUCGCUGGCCGGCUGACGCCAUCCCACGCCCUAUGCCCGAGCCCUAUGCCGGAGCGGGCGCCCUCCCUGGCUCAGCCGCCCGCCGACCAUGAAGUGCUCAUUGCGCUUCUGCUUCCUCUCGACCGCCUUCCUGCUCGUCUUCGUCAUGUCCCUCCUCUUCACCUACUCCCACCACAGCAUCGCCUACCUGGACCCCGGCGGGCUGGGCAGCAUUCACCGGGUGAAGCUGGUGCCUGGCUACGCUGGCAUACAGCGGCUCAGCAAGGGGGGGCCGUACCCCCGGGGCUGCACCUGCCGCCGCUGCCCGGCCGAGGAGGCCGGGGCUACCGACUGGUUUGACGGGCGCUACGAUGGCACCGUCUCCCCGGUGUGGACCAAGGAGAACAUGGACCUGCCGCCCGAUGUCCAGAGGUGGUGGAUGAUGCUGCAGCCCCAGUUCAAGUCCCACAACACCCACGAGGUCCUGAGCAAGCUCUUCCAGAUCGUGCCGGGCGAGGAUCCCUACCGCUCCCGCGACCCACACCGCUGCCGCCGCUGCGCCGUGGUCGGCAACUCAGGCAACCUGCGUGGCUCCAGCUACGGGCCAGAGAUUGAUGGGCAUGACUUCGUCAUGCGGAUGAACCAGGCCCCUACGGUGGGUUUUGAGGGUGACGUGGGUGGUCGGACCACACACCAUUUCAUGUACCCCGAGAGUGCCAAGAACCUGCCUGCCAACGUCAGCUUCGUACUGGUGCCCUUCAAAACCCUGGACCUGCUCUGGAUCGCCAGUGCCCUGUCCACCGGCCAGAUCAGGUUCACGUACGCGCCCGUGAAACCUUUUCUGCGGGUGGACAAAGAAAAGGUGCAGAUCUACAAUCCUGCCUUCUUCAAGUACAUCCACGACCGCUGGACGGAGCACCAUGGGCGCUACCCCUCCACUGGCAUGCUGGUGCUCUUCUUUGCCCUCCACGUCUGCGAUGAGGUGAACGUCUUUGGGUUCGGCGCUGACAGCCGGGGCAACUGGCACCACUACUGGGAGAACAACCGCUACUCCGGGGAGUUCAGGAAGACGGGGGUGCACGACGCCGACUUUGAGGCGCACAUCAUCGACAUGCUGGCUAAAACCAGCAAGAUCGAGGUUUACCGGGGGAACUGAGGGCUGCGUCUCCUCCGGCUCCCCUGCGCCAGCUGGGUCCCGGCUGCCCAUGGGGGCAGACGGCAAGGGUCUCCCCGGUGGCCUCGGGCAGUGAGCGCUGGGUGGGCAGUGCGGCCCCACACCACCAACAGAGCCGCCCCCGGCAAUAUUUGGUGCCUCCAGCAGCCAAUCAGGUUCAGAGCUAAAGGAGACUUUUUGCUUUUUUUUAAUUAUUAUUAUUAUUAUUAUUAUUAAGAAACCCAGCUGAGAAAGGAUUUGUAAACACAAUCAGCGACUGACGGGGCGGUGGGGGCAUCCGCCUCACAUUUCUUUACAGUCAAACCAAAUGCUGCUCUUUUUAAAAAAAGACAAAAAACCACCCACCCACCCCCCCCAAAGCCAGGUGACUUUGGGGAGCACCCAAGCAUUGCGUCUGGGCCGAGGGAGACAUGGCGGCUGAGCAGCCUCGCCAGUGGAACCAGCUGCUUCUUUCUUCCUUUAUUUUGAUGGUUUUUUUAUUUUUUACCCACCUGGGGCAGCCGCCACCGUCGCUUCCCCAGGGAAGGCUCCUGGCACACAAGCAGGUCCCAGCGCGGCUGCAAGCACAUGGACCCAUCGCAGGGAGCUGGCAGCCACGGGAAGACGACCGUCGCCGAUGCUCCACUGCAGGCUGGUGGCUGCUGGCACAGCCAGGCUAGGAGAUGGAGAAGAACCCCAGCUUCGGGGCUGAGCAUCCCCUCUACCUGAAGAUUGAGGAAGGGUAGGACGGAUUUCAGGGGCAACCAUGCAAAAGGCAGCUAAGAAAUCCGCAGGAGCUGCAGACC